AUGGAUCUGGUUGAAUACACUAUUGUAAAGCAUUUUCCUGAAUAUAAUAAAAAUAUAGAAAAUUAUGAUAAAAACUUGACAUUUCCUGGUGAUCCUUGUACAAUUGGAAGCAUUAAAGCAACUGGAAUACUAAAUGAUAUAUUCAAUGUAGAUAAAUGCAAAACAGCCUUGUCAUUUGCAUCUAAAAUUAAAGGUGAUCCUUAUGAUCCGUCUACGCGAAUAUCUUGCUUUUACUUGUAUUAUUGGCUGCACAAACUAUUUAAUGAAAGUAGUAUAAGUAAUAAAACGAAUUCUAUUUAUCAAAAAUUGAUUUAUAUAGUAAAUGAUUACGGUAGCCAUAUGUGCAGGGAUUAUAUGAAUUUUGCUAUUUCAGAAGAUGAAUUGAAAAAAUUGAACGAUUUAAAUGACAUGAAUAAUAUGCUUUAUUACGUAAUAAAUUCAUAUUACCCCACUGGCAAAAAUAAGUGCGAUUGUCUUGUUGCAUGUUUAAAUAUAUAUGAACAACACAAUAAAACUUGUAAAUUACGCAAUCAAAGUUUUUUUUGUGAAGCAUUAGAUGAUAUAAAAGAUCAGUAUAAUAAACUAUCAAAUUUAACUAAUGAAUGUGUUAAUUUCACACCAUAUAAUUCACGCUUGCAUCGUGGAAUGAGAGAUAUAAUAGAUAAGUUGAGUCGUCACAAGGAUGACAGUAAUGUAUUGGAAAAUUCAGAAACAUCUAGUAUUACUUCAUGGAAUAGUAGUUACAAUAUAUUAUAUAAUUCUACCUAG